GAGGUGACGACGGCGGACGACGAGCGGCCCUGUCAUCGCGAUAACGGAAAGAAAGGAAAAAAACCGAGGGAAUGUACGGAAUGUACUUUGUUUGCGCCGUGAGUUAUUCUUCCCGCGCGCGCGGCCGUGCACGCGCGCGCUAUUAAACGCUGCCGUCGGACGCCGCGCGACGACGGCCCCUCGGGGGCCCCUGCCGCCUGUCAGUCCUGUCACCGCUGCACUCACGUUGACUCACGGUCGCGGACGCCGAGGGAAGGAAAGGGUUAUGAGGCGCCAACGGCACCGCAGUGGUCGCGCCGUCAGACGAUAUUUUUGCAUUAUUACCGACUCCGUUUCCAGCGCGGCGGGCCACCAUGGCGGAGAAGUGCAAGGAAUGCGGCUGUAAGUGUAGCACUUGCAGCCAGGACAAUCAGCAGCACUGUGACAUGCAUCUGCACGCGGAGAUAGAGAACCUGCGCCAACGACUGCUCGAGAGGGACAGCCACAUUGUGACGAUGGAGACGCAGUUUUUAAACGAGGCCGACAAAUUUCCGAACGGGGAACUGGCCUCCAUGAAGGAGGAGCUGCUGAUAUGGCAGGAGAAGUAUUCGCGCUUGCACGAAGCGCACAAGAGGGUUCAGAAGGUCAAUCAAAAUCUGGAGGACAAGCUGCUGCGGAUAGUGGACAAAUGCGAGACGGAGAAGAGUGCCUUCACGAAGGACAUAGCGACUCUGUCUCAUAGAUUAGCCGAUGCGAAUUACACGAUACAUCGAUUAACUCAAGAUAAUGAAAAAUGUAGAAACGACGUUAGUUUGGCUAUCCAAUUGCUGCAAUGCAAACCUUCCAACUUCGUGGGUCAGAAAUAUGAUUCGCUGCCUUCUGAGGUGCAGGCCAAAGUGCGAACGUACGUCGCGCAGAAGCGAUGUUCCGCGCCGGACACGACGCAGCCAGAUGUGAAGAGCAUCACCGUGCCGAUAUCCACGUUUCCGCCGACAGCGAUGGUGUACAAUAUCACUAAGCCUACGGUGGAAAAACACAGUGACGACGAUAGCGACGAUAGCAAACCACCGAUGGACAUCGUGUCGGCGGCAAUUAUGGCGAAGGUCCUGGAAGACCGUGAGAAGGAGAGAAUCUUCGCCAAGCAUUGCGACACAUGCACAUGUCACAGAAGCAUCCUCACGGUAGACACGGAGACGCAAACGUUCGUGCCUGAUACGUUCCCUAUCUCCGAGAAUUAUACGUACAGCUUCGAAAAGCAAGGAGGAAAGGAAGGUACGCCGAAUGAUGAGAAGUAUCAAAGCAAAGAUAAAUUCCAAUCGAACCUCACGACACACGCGGUCUUCUACGAAAUCAACGAGAACGGCAACAAGAUCCGCCAUCACAUGAACGGCGAUUACGUUAAAUACGCCUCGCAUGUUCCGUGUAUCAAAGACAAGUUCGUCGGUAGGAGUGGUAGAAACGGGCAGGACUACACGAUGGAAGAGAACGGCGUAAUUACGAGAGCCAGUUUAAACAAAAAGAACUCGUCCCAGAAUCACGAAAACAAGCAUUCAUCGUUCUCGAGAUUAAAUGAUCUUAAUAGAAUAAACGUUGACAAGGCAUCCAAGCCACUCAAGGUCAAUAAAUGCGAUUCUCCGCUCGAUAAUAGAUCUGCAAAAUAUUUCAACAAGAGUGAGAGGAAUUACUUCGAACCCUUUGGUACUGAUUGUUUGGCGCUUGGGGACAAUCGGCUCUCCGACAAGCAGAUGCACAUCGACAUUAUUAAUGACAGGUUGUGGAAGAACGAGUGGACGAAGUCGAAGUCCGAGACAGACCCUUCGAGGGAGAACAGGGGCAAGGCGAAUCGCGGCAUCGAGCUCGAUAUCAUCAACGAUCGCGAUUGGAAGAAUGACAGAUCGGCGGAGCGACAAAAUGCGCGGAACGCCGCGCAAUUCACCUUAAUCGAGGUCAAGAGUCCGGACAGCAACGCGGCGAAUCACAAUGACGGCAGUCAGACGGAGGUAACGACCAGUCCGAGCUUCAGCAGCGACAGCAUGGUCAUCUCCAGUUCCGAUCCGUCCAGCAGUUGCAGCGACGUCGCACAAUCGUUGACCGGUGGUGCCUUCAAUUCGAGCGCCAAGUCCAACUCGAAUCAGAGUCGCGUGAUCGGACCGCGGAACUGCCUGGUCCGGGUCACGCCUGGCUCCAAGAACAUUCUGCUUGACAAUGCCGGCCAUUACAAGACCGUAUUGUACAGCAGUGGCAGCAACGGCAGCGGCGGCGGUAGUAAAGCUAACACCGCUUUGGUACAUGCGAAGAAGACGUCUCGUGCUGGUUCCGAGCGCUCAACCGGCAGCGAGGACAAUUCGCCACCGCCGGCGUUACUGCAGGACAAUCAAUUGCAACGAGUGGCCGAAUGGGUACAGUCGUCGAUGUGCGUGGAGAAUUCCGCGUCGCAUGAUAGCAAUAAGAUCAAGUGUGUGGAGAACGCUGCGAAUGACAAUUCGUCAUCCGUGUAUCCGAAGAAUUCUCUUGUAAAGCGCAAGCCCACGCAGCACGACGGAGGUUUGGCUCGCAACGUUCGAGACACGCCGAAAAAUCGGGAUUACAGCAACGUAAAUAAUCAGCCCAUUGAUAUUAAUAUCUUGUCUGAGUGUAAUGACGAGAGCGAAAAUCUCAUAACAUUCGAGGACGAGCAUUUGCUGAAGGAUCUUCGCAAGGAUAUGGAUUACGAGGUGAAGAUCACGAAGGAGAUGGAGGAGACGUAUCUGAAGCUAGCGGCGAGCCUGGACCCGGUAACAUUGAGCCUGUCAAGUGCCAGCAAUGCUGAAUUGACGAUCGAGAAGUACAGGAAGGAUCACAAGAGGCUUCACACGCAGAGAAUUCAAGAUAAGGCGGGAUCAAAAGCUUAACGUGUAUCUCAGCGAAUUCUUCGAAGACAAUUGACUAUAUCAAGCAGGGAGUUCCUUCAAAGAUAUAACAGAGCGUUAUUUUUUGUAACUAUAUUAAAGUAAGGCUGUACCAACACGAGUAGCAUAGGGAAAAGAAUGUCCUACGCGUCACUGCAAGUAAAUCGGUUUCGUUUGCGUUCGUGAGCGAGAUCCGUAGGGUUGAUUUUAAAGCGAGGGAAAUUUAACUGAAGGUAAAAUUAAAUGCAACACGGUAGUCUGGUCGUAACGUCAAUAUUACGUAAUUAAUAAUUUACUGGAAUUUUGGAUCAACGACACUGAGUCACGCAGAAAAUUGUCGUUAUUUUAAGACAUAAUUGCGUCUUAUCAACAAUCUUUUUCGCAGUCACGUAAACAAGAAUGUUAAAUCGCAAAGUUGAUUUGCGAUUCUCUGCGUUUAUUUGCCUGUGUAAUCUUCCUCACAUGCUUCUCUCUUUGGCAUAUUAGCUUUGGCUAAUAAUUAAUCAUUUUCGUAAUGUACAUAAGUAUAUAUAUGUAUAAUUUUAUCAGCUUAAAGUUUAAGGCAUAUUUAUUUUAGCAAAUACUAAUAUUAAUUUAUUCCAUCUUGUGUUAAGCUAAAUAAUCUCUAGAGUUACAAAUAAAGCAAAUAUUUGUAACGAAAUAUUUGAGAGCAAUUAUAGAAAAUGAUAUAAAACGUGCCGUGUUGCAAUAAGAUUUACUGGACAUUAAACGCGUAUUAAUUUUACUUAUACAAGAAUUAUACAGUCAGUGGAUGUAAUUAAUCAUUUAAUUUUAUGACGAAAAUAUGAAUGGUACAUAUAUAUUUUUUCCCCAGUUUUUUGCAACGUUGUCGUGAACACACGCGCGAUUAAAAUUAGAAACGACAAUAUUACGAUUAACUUACACCACACCCGGAGAAUACUAUAUUCCCGCAGACAUUACUUUACGAAGUCCAUCGUGUUAAUUUCAUCUCAUGAUGUAUUAAGUAUCCACGUUUAUGUCAUACCAAAGCUAGGCCAAUUGCGAUAAGGACACUUUAAUCCUUUGAGCCCAGAAUUAUUCUCGCUGUCCCGCGGCGCAAACGUAAACGCUAAAUAAUUAAGAUAAGCAAUUCCCUAGUAUACUCAGCUUUUAUAUAACGUCGCAGCAAGAUCUCUCGCGCCGCUGCGCUAUGGACGGUAUUAGGGCUCAAAGGAUUAAACGGCCAUUUAGUUUUAGCCCGUUUAUCGAUGCCACGGGGAAGCAUAAUUUGGCAAUUUACCGCCGCAUUACCGAUGCCCGUAAUUUCGUUAAAUCCGGGCGGUAACGUUAGCCGUUUUACGCAGAAGUUAGGUUCGCAUUGAGAUUAUUAUAAGAGAAGAGUAAUCGCAUCUAGUUUUAUAAAGUGACUCUCUAGGCUCAAAGGGAUUUGCUACUUCGCGUAAAUUUAAUUUAGACUGAUUUGUACAGCGGAGAGUCGCUUUCGAGCGCUUCAGUAACUUCAGUAAUGGUAGCCUCGCCGAUGCUUAUCGCGUCUCGCUCGACAAAAAUGUUUCACAUUAGUUCAAUGAAAACUUUCGCCUGAUUUAACGAUGGUCUAAGCUCGUUGUUCCGCUUGCGCGCUACUUGCGGAUACCGUAAUCGUACUUCGUUGCGACAUUCGCACAGCUGACAACCUAGUUUUCAAUUCUACGGGCAACUAGCUCUGAUUAUCUCGUUCUUCCCUCGUUAUGAUCUCACUCAUAAUACAAAUAGAGGAAUGAAAUUUAGUUUGGAGAACUAGAAAAUUCUAUUUAUAACUAAAUGAAUUUCUAUCGAUUUGUCUGUCUUCUCACUUGAGGGGAAUGAAGAAGAAAAUGGUGCUACUAGAUGGAUCGGAUAUAGAAAAUCGCCGAGAGUCCGGGAAUUCUCAAUUUCUCAUCCUCGAAGAUUUAUCAGAGAAGGCAACGGAAAGCCACUCUGGUUAUUGCUUCUCAGAAUAUCGCUGUAGAUCGAAACCUAAAGCAAAAAGGUCCCGAGUCCCAGGGCAGCCCUUUGGUGGGCAAGUCACAUAUAGUCACAGAAUAAUUCUCCAAGUGAUCGCCAACGACGGGGGGCCUGAAGAAAAAAGAAGAAGAAGAAGAAGGACCUCGAAGUCGGCCCUUCGGCAAUAUCGAUUUCCGGCGAAUCGCAUGGAUUAGUGGCUACGUUGCUGAAUGACCCAGAGUUUACCGCACACCGACGAUCGAGGGCGAGCGAAUUCGCAAUUCUUUCAGUAUUAGUCGAAUACGCGCCGACGACCAAGGGCGUAACUGCGUUUACGGAAAAGUACGCAGAUACAAAGUGUGUGACAAUAUAUACCUCAUGGCUUCUCAAGCACCGCGCAAUACUAACUCGCAACUCCUUUUUUGUAAACGUAAAUUAAGGGUCGCGCGAGCCACCGGGAGAGACGUGCGUCGCGACGCGAAAGCCCCGAGAUCACGAAUGCGGGUAGUCAGAAACAGUAGUCGAUAGCGCGUCACACGUGAAGAAGAUACGUUUCUUCCAUAUUUCAUACGUUUCGUCAGUCGUUCCCCGCACAUGUGAUCAAUUAAAAAAACGCGCAAAUAGCGAUGAAAUUAACGGAGUGCGAAAUUCACCCUCGUCUUACCGUUCCCAUCGUUAACGGUAUCAGCGAGAAUCUAUAUUUCCUUGAUCGACUAUCUUAGUCUAACGAUACACAUCGUUAAUUUUCGAACGUCUCUUAAAGCUCUACAAACACCCUCUUCCUAAGAAACUCCUUUGCAGAGCCGCGAAUGUUUUAUAAAAAUCUUGUUUUAUAUGUAAAAUUUUUGAAUUUAGAACAAUUCGGAAUAAUAUAAAGAAAUAUAUGUGUUUGUUCCGCCAAUGAUAAUUAACAAAAGGUGCAUAAUUCGAAAUAAUUCGGAUAUAUUGUUUCUCAGAAAUUCAGGCAAUUCGAGAUUAGAAAGAAACUUUCUUCGAGCGUGGCUUGAUUUGUCACGCUCGGCAUUAUUGCGUUGCGUUUGUGAAAUUCCAUUCAAAUUAAUCAGACCUGCAAUUACCGAUCCCUGACGCGAUACCGACGCCCGAUUCCCAAAGUGUGUGAGAACGACUGGCGUUAAUUAACGUGCGCGCUAAUCGCUUUUGCGCGUCCCGAUCGUCUCUGACGUAGGAUCGUGGGACUCCUCGCGUAAGCAAUUCGUAUAUGUGUACGAUCCCCGGAGAUCGUAGAUAAGAAAGGAUCGGCGGUUCCCGAAACUCGAAUAGGUUGGACCGCGGGAUCUCCAACGCGAGAAAACGCGAGUCGGUCAUCGCAAUAAAAUAAUCCGUGUACGAUAGCCGUACCAUUUACUCAUACAGUUGAAUGUAUCAUAUUCAACGUGGCGAUGAUUAUCUCACGUAAACUCUGUAAAUAUAUAUAUAUAUACAUAUAUAUAAAUAAAAUAUAUUUAAAAAACUA